AUGACGAGAAAAGUGUCAGUGUCAGAAGUACGACAACACUCCAGCCCCGACAGCGCGUGGAUCGUGGUUGACGGCAACGUCUAUGACAUGACGGACUUUGCGCCGUCCCAUCCCGGCGGCCCUGAAAUCAUCCAUCAAUACUCCGGACGUGAUGCCUCGGUGCCAUACAGUGAAGUCCACGCGCCUUCACUGAUCAAGUCAUCUCUGGAUGCCAAGCACCACAUAGGCACACUCGAUACCGCCACGGUCACGGAAACAUGGACGGCGGCAAAUAACCCCGUCCCCCAAGCAAAGGCAGCCUCGUCAAAGCCUCCCCUGGAAGACAUCAUCAACAUGUACGACUUUGAAAAGGCCGCCCACCAGUCAUUCACCAACAAAGCAUGGGCGUACAUCAACGGCGCGUCCAACGACAACAUCACCCGCGACAUGAACAUCGAGAACCUGAAAAAGAUUUGGUUCCGGCCAGCGGUGAUGAAAAACGUCGCAAUCGUGACGACCGAGACGAGACUAUUCGGAUGCCGCCUUGACGCGCCCUUCUACGUGGCUCCCACGGGCGCCGUCCGCACGGCCGGGGAAGAAGGAGAACUGGCCCUUGCGCGAGGCGCCGGUCCGUCCGGCAUCAUCCAUUGCAUCUCCACGCCGGCGUCGUACCCCCACGACGAAAUCCUCCAAGCGACGCCCCGGCAUGCCUUCUUCCAGCUCUACGUGGACAAGGACCGCGCCAAGUCGGCAAAGUUGCUACGUCAAAUCAGCAGCAACAACAAGGUCAAGGCCAUCUUCGUCACGGUCGACCUGCCCGUCGUGUCUAAAAGAGAAGACGACGAGCGCGUCAAGGCAGAGAACGCGGUCGAGAAGCAGGUUUCGCCCGGAAAGGACCAGAAAGGCGCAGGCUUGGCUCGGCAAUCGGGCUCCUUUAUCGACCCGGCCGUCACGUGGGACGAUAUCCCCUGGAUCCGGAAGCAUACCCAUCUCCCCAUUGUUGUCAAGGGCAUCCAGAGGUGGCAAGAUGCCCGGACGGCCUUGAGCCUAGGGUGUGAGGGGAUCGUCGUGAGUAACCACGGCGGAAGGGCAGCUGACACGGCGCAGCCGUCCAUCAUUACCCUCCUUGAAUUGCACAGGAACUGUCCCGAGGUGUUUGGCUCGAUGGAGGUUCUCAUAGAUGGUGGAUUUCGGCGAGGUUCCGACAUAGUCAAGGCAAUUUGCCUGGGGGCCUCGGCCGUCGGGGUGGGAAGGCCGUUUCUGUAUGCCGUCAAUUAUGGCACCGCUGGCGUGGAGCACGCCAUCGCAAUAUUACGCGACGAAAUCGAGACAGCUAUGCGUCUUUGUGGGAUGACCAACCUGAUGGAUGAGGCUGGUCCUGAUUUCCUAAACACCUCGCCUGUUGACCACCUUGUGUAUCACGGCCCGCACCUGUACCUUCAACGGACACCGAGAUCGAGGGCACGCUUGUAG